CCGGGGGCGGGCGGGCUGGGGUCCCGGUGUCCCCCAGCCGUUUCGGUCGCUUCGCCGCCACCCUUUUCUGCAAAGCGUGGCUCAUGCCAUUACCGCGCCUGCCGUGAGGGCUUGGUCGGGGAGCGAUAACCGGAUGGCUGCCACUUGAGCGGUUGCGAUGUGCCGCGCUAGGUAGUUUUGCUUGGAUGAUUUCACGUCAUCUUCCAAACGACCUGCUGAGGUAGGUGCUAUUUUUAACCCCGUUUUACCGAGGCUCUGGGAAAGUUGUCCGCCGCCAGGAAGAGGCGGGCGGGCGUUGUGAUGAGUUGCUCUGUGUUUGCUUUCUCCCCGGCCGCAGGGGCAGGGCCGGCGUGGCAGGUGAGGAUGUGGGAACCCUGCCGAGGUUGGUAGCUUCCCCAGGCGUGCAGUCCUCCUUGUCUCCUGGAGUCGCGUAGAGAGCCGGACAGGUAGAGCCGUGUGAUGAAGUUGCGCAGGUGCGGUGAGGACAGUCCGAGGAUGGUGACCGCCGGCCUGGACUUGCCCAGGAGCGGCUGUGAGCGCAGCAGGUUCUUGGAGGGAAGCCGUAGGCACCGGAGGAACCGCGCAGGGUCAACCCCGCGGCACAGGGAGAGCUGAGAGGGCGUGGGAGAGCCGGCGUGGAAUCCUUUGCGAGGCAGUUCACCUGGGGAGUGCGUUUGGCACUUGUGAGCCCCUGGUGGCCCCUCCGGUGGCCUCUGGGGAGGUGUGACUGCUUCGAUGAGAGGUUCAUUUUCCUUAGGUCUUGACAGCCGGGCCUGGAUCUGCGACCGUGAGGGAGAAGGGGCUCAGAUCUGCAAGGCUGGCCGCCCAGGGCCUCCGAAGAGGCCUUAAGAUAAAACUUUUUGGAUUUUUUGGUUUCUCUGCAGCUGCCUUGGCGGUUGCUUAGGGGACAUACUUGCUUGACCGAGUGUUGGAAAGUCUAAGAACUGGGCUCAAAGAAGCGAAUGCUUUUCCCAUUCACUAAAAAGUAACAGCCGUGCAGGCGGGUGCUGUGGCGCAUGGGUUACGGCGCCGCCAGUCGGACAUCGCCCUCCUGUGUCGGAGCACAGGUCUGUCCCGGCUGCUCUGUUUCUGAUGCAGCUCCCUGCUAAGGUGCCUGGGAAGCAGCGGAGGAUGGUCCAGGGACUUGAGUUCCCACGAGAAACCUGGAUGGAGUUCAGGCUCCCGGCUUUGGCCUGGCCCAGCCCCUGGCAGCUGCGGCCACGUGGGGAGUGACCCGACAGAUGGAGGAUCUCUCUCGCACUCUGCCUUUGAAAUAAAUGUUUCAGAACAGCAAACAGUAGCAGCAACGACAAGCAUAGAAGCCUGGACCCCGUCGGCAGCCAGACCAUGGAGCUCUCUGACGUCACCCUCAUUGAGGGUGUGGGCAAUGAGGUGAUGGUGGUGGCCGGUGUGGUGGUGCUGAUUCUCGCUUUGGUCCUAGCCUGGCUCUCUACCUAUGUAGCAGACAGUGGCAGCAGCCAGCUCCUGGGCACUAUCGUGUCAGCAGGCGAUACAUCUGUCCUCCACCUGGGGCACGUGGACCACCUGGUAGCAGGCCAAGGAGCCCCAGAGCCCAGCGAACUCCCCCCUCCAUCAGAGGGUAAUGAUGAGAAGGCUGAAGAGGCCGGCGAAGGUGGGGGACAUGCCACAGGGGAGUUGGGGGCUGGAGGCGGUGCCGAGCCCAGCCUGGAGCAUCUCUUGGACAUCCAAGGCCUGCCCAAGAGACAAGCAGGCAGAGAGGGCAGCGGGCCUGAGGUCCCCCUGCGCUCCGAGGCUAGCACCUGCAUCCCGCCCAGCCCCGGCCUCAUCCAUGUGCGACUCAAAUUCCUCAAUGACACCGAAGAGCUGGCUGUGGCCAGGCCCGAGGACACUGUGGGUGCUCUGAAGAGCAAAUACUUCCCUGGACAGGAGAACCAGAUGAAAUUCAUCUACCAGGGCCGCCUGCUGCAGGACCCGGGCUGCACGCUGCAGUCCCUCAACAUCACCGACAACUGUGUCAUUCACUGCCACCGCUCGCCCCCGGGGGCAGCUACCCCAGGCCCCUCGGCCUCCCUGGCCCCCUCAGCCACUGAGCCAGCCAGCCUUGGCGUCAACGUGGGCAGCCUCAUGGUGCCUGUGUUUGUGGUGCUGUUGGGUGUUGUUUGGUACUUCCGUAUCAAUUAUCGCCAGUUCUUCACAGCACCUGCCACUGUCUCCCUGGUGGGGGUUACCGUCUUCUUCAGCUUCCUUGUAUUCGGGAUGUAUGGACGAUGAGGACAUGGGGAGAAAAUGAAAGGCCUGGUCUUCCUCCUCUGUGGCCUCCCCCUUUCCUGGCCAGAGCUGGGCCCGAGGGCCUGGGAGGGAGGGGUGGGAAGGAUGCGGGGGCUGCCCCCUCUGUCGGCCCUAGAGGCAGGUAUGGGGUCUCCCCUUCACGUUCACAGGGUGUGGACAUCCCCUCUGUGCAAGCACAACUCAGGUAGAAAUGAGGAGGUCAUCUCACAUCUAGGAUCCUGUGGGAGUUGAGCUGAUGAUGGCCGGUUUCAGUGGGAAGCUUGGGCUCUGAGGAUUCCCUCCCAGCAGCGACCCCAGCUCUUCCCAAGUGCCCUGCAUGUCUGCCCUAGCACCAGAGCUGCCUGCCGGGGUGGCCCAGCAUGCCCCCACUGCGAUCCUGCUGGGAGCCCGGACCCUGUGCACCUGCUUAGCUGAGGAGCGGCCUCUGGGACCUGCAGCCACUCUGGGGAUAAGGGGUGUGCCAGCCUCCCUCAUGGGCACCCAGUCACCACCUUCCUCCCCGGCCCCGUAGCAGCGAUAGGCGGCCCCCGUGUUCUAGUUUCCACUGUGCUCCCCUUUCAGAGCACUUUUUUUUUUUUUUUAAGUCUUCCUAAAGCUCAGUUGGGGAGGGGAUUGGGGCACAAUGCCAAGCCCCCAACAUUGGGAGGGGCCAGGCCACAGCUGCUACUCCCCUAGGCCUAGGGCUGUGAGCAAGACAGCACUGGCCCCCAGCCAGCGUCCUACCCCACCCAGCUCCAAGGACGAGCUCUGGGUAUGGCUCUCAGGGCCUCAGGCCCUCCUGUCUGAGGCUGUUGGAUGGAGGGUCGGUGUCUGUGACUGAAUAAAGUUCCAUUCCUGUGGCUGUGGAGCCGCCUCCUGUGA